AGCUUUUUGAAUGUGCAGGUCCUGAUGAAUAAAAUGAAAGUUUUCUGAAAGUAGGUAUAACCAGACAGAAAUAUUUCAAUUAUUUGAAGACUGCCAGAUGAUCUGACAAAUCUUCCUGCUCUGUAGAUGUACAACACGAUGCCCUGGCUGAUGAAGAGACUGCCUGGACCUCAUCAGAGGACGUUCACAUUAUAUAAACAUACAACUGACUUCAUAAAAAUCAAGAUGGAGGAACACAGAGAGAAGCUUGAUACCUCAUCACCAAGGGACUUCAUUGACUCUUACCUUAUAGAAAUGGAAAAGAACGAGGACAAAGAUUCUGGUUUUGAUCUCAUCAGUUUGUGUUUUUGUACUCUGGACCUCUUUAUUGCUGGAACUGAAACUACAACAAUUACUUUGCUUUGGGGGCUGCUAUACAAGAUGUACUACCCAGACAUACAGGAGAGAGUCCAGGCUGAGCUAGACUCCGUGAUUGGUUCAUCCAGACAGGUCUCUAUGUCUGACAGAGAAAACAUGCCCUACACUGAUGCUGUCGUUCAUGAGAUACAGAGAAUGGCCAGCAUUGCCCCACUCAACUUGUUCCACAUGAUAAACAAGGACACCAUCUUGGAUAAGUACACAAGCCCAAAGGUUCAGCUCCAUGUUGAUAAUUCCAUUUAA